GCCAUUCCGUAUUACAAGCUACAACAACCAAAACGAAAAUGGAGGACUGAACGGAGACCGUACAAAACGUAUUAUAUCGUCGAUGCUUACAAGUCCAAGAUCCAAGUAGCAGACCUGUGAUGGUUUUUCAUUAGAAUCUGCUGUGAGCAGAAACUGAACACUUUCCUGAUCAAAGGAGCCACAUCACUACAGAGUGACAGGAUACUGUUUGAAAGUAGUGACUCCAUCAUCUAUGGAGGAGAAUGUGAGCCCUGAGCUCUCUCUAGCUCCCGAGCCAGAGCAGAGCCAGGACCGUAUGGAUAGCAGUUCUCAAGCAGUUAAUCUAGAGGACAAAGUUGAAGAGGGCAGAGAAGAGAAAAGAGACCAAGAGCACCGUGACAAUGCUACUGAGGAAAAGUUAGAGAAGGUUGAGCAAUCUGCCAAGACCACAAGCAAGUACCAGAAGACUUGGGGAUUUCGUCGAACCACCAUAGCCAAAAGAGAAAUGCCAGGAGACAAUGCGGCCGAGGGCCAGGAUGGCCAGUUAGGUCCUGUCCGGCGCAGCGGGAGGCAGGCCAAGCGCACCGACAAGCUGGAGGAGUUCCUGCUCACCACCAAGAGAGCGCGCACGGUGGGUAGGAGAAGUGCAGCCAGCAGCAAUGAGGUGGGGGACCCUCCCUCCCAGACCCCUACGGAUGCGGAGACAGCCUCUGAGGCUAGCUUCGAUGGCAACGCAGAGGCCAAGUCUGUGGAUGAUAAACCAGAUUCCCCGGUGAGGAAGACGAGGAACCGGAAGAGGACAACUCGGCUGGCUAAAGGCCGUGGCAGCAGCCAGGGCGGCUCAGUCAGUGAUGGUGGAAGCUCUGACAAUGACAAGGCUAGUGGAGAUGCAUGCAAGGGGCCCGCGGUGCCGGAGGACAAGGGGCCCGCGGUGCCGGAGGACAAGGGGCCCGCGGUGCCGGAGGACAAGGGGCCCGCGGUGCCGGAGGACAAGGGGCCCGCGGUGCCGGAGGACAAGGGGCCCGCGGUGCCGGAGGACAAGGUGACCCAAGUGCAGCAAGGCAUGGAGCCCCAGGAACAUGAGGACGUGAAGCAUGACAAAACGAGCAGCUCUAAUGUAGAGGUUACCACGCAGAGGCAGCAGAACGUUGUAAUCGAAGACCAGACAGAAAAAGAGGAGGAACCAGAGAGCGAGGAAAGGACCAUAGACACCAGUGGCAAGCGUGCCUCCGGGUCCAGAAGUCCUGCACAGGCUGGAGGCAGGGGAACAGGUCCCAAUAUUAAGACCCGGGGAGUAGUGAAGAUGCGGAACAACCAGGAAGAUGAUGCUGAAAAUGAGGAUAACGAGUCCACUUCGUCUUCAUCGUCCAGUGACUCUGGUGACGAUGAAGGAUACGACCCUAAUGCCCUCUACUGCAUCUGUCGGCAGAAACACAACAAACGGUUCAUGAUCUGCUGCGAUCGCUGUGAGGAGUGGUUCCACGGAGACUGCGUGGGCAUCACGGAGGCUCGAGGGCGUCUGAUGGAGAGGAACGGGGAGGACUACGUCUGCCCCAACUGUACCGCCAAGAAGAGCCAGACGGCCAAGCCCAACGGCAAACCCAAAACAGUGGCCCACGAGUCCCGCAAGGCUGAGCAAAUCCCCUCGCUGGCGUCUCCGUUACCGUUGGCCCCUGCCGGGACAGAGGAAAAGGGCGGGGACGACCUGGGGAUCAAAGGAAGGAUAGAGAAAACCACCAACCCCAGCGGGAAAAAGAAGAUCAAGAUUUUUCAGGCGGCGGCGUUGGAGGACGUGUCUGAUCUGCCCAAAUGUAUCGGGCCGGGCUGUGAGAAGAAUGCCCUGAAGGACUCGGUCUACUGCGGCAGCGAGUGCAUUCUGAGACACGCUGCUGCUGCCAUGGCAGCCAAGUCCAUAACUGAACCCAAGCCGAAAGACGAGCCCAAACAGAGGGACCAAGACAAGGCCAAGGGACACAGAAAGCCACCCGUUUCCAGGGCAACUUCUAAGAAGAGUUCCGGCAGGAAGACCACCAAGAAGUCCAUAGAAGACGAAGCGUCCGACAGCGAGGACAACGAGAAGGACAGUGACGAAGAGGAGCAUGCCGAGGAGCAGCCCCCGCCACCCACCAUGUCGUCCUGGUCCAACGACCAUAAUUACAAUGCAGUAACUCCAGAAAAGACUGCACCUAUAGCCCCACCAACAGUGUUAAACAAAACGUCUCAUGAAGAGAAGGAGAGUGGAGAGGACCAGAUUGAGAAGGAUCCACCCCCUCCUGAGAAGAAGUCCCCUGCUUCCACAGCGCCAGUCAAAGGAGAGAAGAGGUCCCCAGGUCCCAAAAUGUUGAAGACCUACACAAGACGUAAUAAAUCAGCAACUCGAGUCAGCGGUGCAAAGUCAGCAAAGAAACGACAAUCUCCCCCUCCCAGCAAAACACCCAAAUCCAAGAAACCACCUCCGCCGCCUGCUGUGCUGGCCCCUUCUGCCCCUGGCUCUCUAGACGCCCCACGCCAUCAUGUUACAGGAGCCCUGAGGGUUGGCAAGUCCAGCUUUACCAUCCCUAAGAAGCAGCCCCAGCCCCAGCAGAAAGAAUCCGCAGGCCGUAGUCCCACCAGAGUCCCAUCGUCAGGCCCCUCCUCCCGGCGGCCUGAGCCUGCCGCUUUAGCACCUCCCAUGAUGUCCCAGCGAGCUCCUCCUAACAAUCAGAUGAGACAGAACAUCCGCCGCUCGCUCACAGACAUCAUCUACAAGAGGGUGAGUGACAGCGAUGACUUGAACAUGUCUGAAAAUGAGGUGGGAAAACUGGCUGUCAGCAUUGAGAAGGAGAUGUUCAAUCUUUGCCUGUGCACAGACAGCAAGUACAAGAAUAAGUACAGGUCCAUCAUGUUCAAUCUCAAAGACCCCAAAAACAAGGGCCUAUUCUACAGGGUGGUCUGGGGAGAGGUCAGUCCUUUCAGGCUGGUCAGGCUGAGUGCAGAUGAGCUGCUCGCCAAAGAGAUCUCAGAGUGGAGGAAGCCCGACACCCCUGACAUUUCCAGUUCUAGAUCCCAGACGGGACAGUCCAAACCGGGUCAUAGGCAGGAGGCUGGCCCCCAUGAUGUGGACAUGGAGGAUGCUCCUCCUAUGUCUGACGGAGACGUAUGUAUCUCUGGCACCUCCCCGUCUCCUCGCAUGGCUUCAGCUGCAGAACCAGAGGAAGCAAGCUAUACCCCAUCUGGGUCAGUUCAGGCUGGGAUGAAGAGUGGCAGUGCCCUGCCAGAUAUCUUCAGCAUGAUGAGGGACACCACGCCCGAACACAGGGCCCACCUCUUUGACCUCAAUUGCAAAAUCUGUACAGGCCAGAAGUCUGCAGAUGAUGAACCAGCAGCCAAGAAGGCCAGGCUUUCCAAGAAGCCUGAGGUGAGGCAAGAGGUGAGACGCUUGUCCAGGUCUUCUUCAGGAGAAGGUGCCCUGGCCUCUUAUCCUGGCAGUGAAACGCCAGUCCCCGAGCCCCUGUCCUACCAGGAUGACACCAGCAUGCUGUUACCUCCACCCCAGACCCCAGCCCCCGUCACUGCACCAGCUGUCUCCUCCGUCAGUAUCACGCGCAGAGACCCCCGCAUGGCCAGACACAGCUCUGCCCCCGACACCUCUACGGUGGCACCGACCGCUACGGAUUCACAACCCAUCAUGCAAGAGUCAUAUUCAAGACCUAUACAGGCACCUCCUCCAGCACCCCUACCAGCCGAUACUUAUUCAAGACCAGCCAUCUCAGCAGAGGCCACUGUGGUUGCAGCGGUGGAGGUGGUGCCCAAGGGACCUCUCCCCAUGCCCCCGGCUCCUCCGGCCGCCAUCCCCAGACCAGUCCUGCAGAAGCCUGCCUCAUCAGAGCCUCCUCCUGAGGGCGAGACUGCCAUCUUCCUCCAUGGUCAAGAAAUGAUGUGGAAAGGAUUCGUCAACAUGCACACAGUGGCCAAGUUUGUCACCAAAGCAUACCUGGUGUCAGGAUCUUUUGAGUACCUGAAAGAGGAUCUGCCUGACACCAUCCACAUCGGAGGCCGAAUCUCCCCCGGCACAGUUUGGGACUAUGUGGGGAAACUGAAGACAUCUCUGUCCAAGGAGCUGUGUCUGAUCCGCUUCCACCCAGCCACAGAAGAAGAGGAGGUGGCCUACGUCUCUCUGUUCUCUUAUUUCAGCAGCAGGAAACGCUUUGGAGUGGUCGCCAACAACAAUCGUCGAAUCAAAGACCUGUACCUCAUCCCCCUGAGCUCUAAGGACCCCCUGCCCUCCAAACUAUUACCCUUCGAUGGGCCAGGACUUGAACCAGCGCGCCCAAAUCUCCUCCUAGGCUUGGUGAUUUGCCAGAAGGACAAGAAGCGUGCCGGAGCCUCUUUGGAAACCGAGGAGAAACGCUCCAAGACCCAAAUCAGAGACCCAGAUGACACUGGCCUUCCAAAAUCAACCGCCUCCAUCAAGGCUGAAGUCAAAGCAGAGAAAGCCCUGCAGUACACCCAGGACCUUCCCUUCAGCACGACCCCUCCAGGUACACCUCCCCCUCCCAGCUCCUCAGAAACCUCCAUGGCUGCCUCGUCAGUGCUGUCCUUCCUGUCCUCUGUCAAAGCCCCUGCUACCGGCAAAGAAUCCCCUUCCUCCGCCAGCACUGCCGGGUCGUCUGCUGCCAACGCCACGCCCCUUCAGACCAUCCUUAAGACCUUAUUUGGGAACAAGAGGAACGACUCGGAGGCCUCCAUGUCCCCCUCAGAGCAUGGUGCUGUUGACGUCUCGGCCGGCCCCGCUGCUCUGCUCGAUCCCAUUGUUCAGCAGUUCGGCCUGAUUUCAAGGGACCUUUCGAAGCAGGUGGAGGAUGAGGAUGACCGGCCGUAUGACCCAGAGGAGGAGUAUGACCCAGGCAUGGGCUACAAAACGCCACAGAAAACCCCUAAAGAACCUGAGCCCGUCAAACAGCCGGAGACGGCGGAUGUGGAUGACGUGGCCUAUGACCCAGAGGAUGACACCAUCUUCGAAGAGGUCAGGACUGAAGGCCCUGGGAAAACCAAGGCCAGCGAGGGUUUGACUGAACAGCAGAAGAUGCUGGAGGAUCUCAAUAAACAGAUUGAGGAGCAGAAACGUCAGCUGGAGGAGCAGGAGGAAUCCAUCCGCCAGCAGAGGUCAAACACAGGGACAUCUGCUGUGUCGUUCUCAGUCGCUGACAACGUGAUGUCAGAGCCGCCCCUGCUGGCGAACAGUCAGCUCCUGCAGCUGGGCAAAAAGGUUGAUGAGUUGGUGAAAUCCUCCUCCGGUGCUGCUCCUUUGAUUAACCAAAGACGGGACCCAAGGCAGAGCAGGGACCCCAGACAGAGUCGGGACCCCAGGAGGUUAACCUCAGACUCCGUAGAAAAAGAGGAGACGAUUACUCCUUCCCCCGUGACAGAAACCACACCGCCAUUACAGGCUACAAUCCAAGAACCAGAGACACCAUUGACCCAAGAGGACAUAGUCACUGAAUCUCUUCCCUUCCUGGAAUCAGACACAGCCGAGGUGUCCAUUCCUUUGUUAGGUGAGCAUGUAGAACCUGAUGUCGAGGUUAGUUACAUGGAAGAUCGAACAGUGCAAUCGGAGGAAAUCGACCCAACCAAGAGUGGCAUUGACAAAUACAGUAUUUGGCCAAAUGCGGCCAGCAUUUUAAAAACAGGGGAGAUCUCUAGUUUUGAGCAGAACAGCCAAGAGUCUACCUCCUCUGGCUACUUCAACACCUCCACUAGCAAGAACUCCUCUGCGUCCCCCACAAUUCCUGUACUUGCUCAGAAUGUCACCCAAGAUUGCUCCACCUUGGUGGACAGUAACCCCUCCCACAUGUCACAUAUGGGACCGUCAAGCUACAUGGACUACGGAGGUCCUCCUGACAUUCCGCCACCUACCGGCUUUCCACCCCAGCUCAGACCCCUGCCCAUGCAGGGUCCACCCCCGAGGCUUGGACAACCACCCAUGUCACAUCCCCCGCCCAUGCAGAGUAUCCCUUCCUUGUCAAGCCCUCUGCCUAUGCAGGGACAUCCGCCCCCCUUGCAGGUUCCUCCACCCAUGCAAGCGGAGAGCAACCAGUCUCAGUACCCCCAGUAUGGGCCUCCUCAGGCUGGUUAUCCUCCCUAUCAGAACCAGUGGGGAGGCAAUCAGCAGCAGUAUGAGGCCCCGCCCAGACCUCCACCCCAGAACAUAAUAUCACCUAGAGGACCGCCUCCGUUUCAGCCAAUGGGCCAGCGAGCUCCACCUCCCCAGAUGUUCAAUGUCCCCAUGGGCUCCAUGCCUCCCCAGCAUAUGGGGCAGCAGGGCCCCCCUCCAGGCCAGUUCAUGGAGGGCCAUAGCCUUCCCCCACCUCCUUCAUUUGAUGGGCAAAACGGUUUAGCUCCACCAAGGUUCAGUGGACCUCCUCCCCCAUUCAACUUCCCUGGGCCCAGAGGCCCCCCUCCGCCCUUCACAGGGCCACCCCCAGGCCACUAUGACAACCGAGGACCCCCACCCUCCCACUUCCAUGGCCCCAGGGGUCCUCCUCAUUUUGUGGACCAUGGGCCCCAAGCCCCCAUGAUUGACCCACCAAGAGGCCCUAUAGAUCAGUACAACAGUAACAGUGUUGGGUCUUACAAGCAGGGCAUGGACCAUCAGCAGGGUCAGACACCACCUGCACACCUGUACAAUGACAACCAGGCUCCACCCCCUGGCCCCUCCUACAGAGGACCUCCCCACAACCAGCAUGAGGGGCGCAGAGGCCCACCUCCCAGUGGAGAUAUGGGUGGACAGCGCUUCCAUCCACCUAACCAGUUCCGGGGGUCUAGAGCACCCUCCCCACCAUCACACAGGGGGUCCUAUGAGGACCAGAGACCCCCUCAGGACCACCGAGGGGCCAUGCCGCAGCAUUUCGGAGGACCUGACAGGUAUCGCCAUGACAGUCCAGGGGAAUUGAGACCAGCUCGCCACAGUGGGCCACUGCUCCCAACGCCUGAGGGCCCCAUGGCUCUGCCGAACCGCAUGGGUGGCCACAGCCCAGACUCCCACAGGGAGGACCACUGGCGCCGGCACUCACCCGAUGUGAGGAGAAGAAACAGCUCUACCAGAGAGGGUUCAGAACCCCGUAUUGGUGACAGGCCCAGUCGGUUUGAGGGGGCCCAAAAAGAACGGGAGACUGUUCCCAGUUCCUCUCGUAUGUCUGAGGAGAGGCAGAGGGAUUUGUCUGAGGACCGCAGGAGGGAGAGGGACCGAGAUGGGCCCCACGGCGCCAGGCUGUGGGACAGAAGCCAGGGCAAGCGCUGGAGCCGGGAGAGGGAGUGGGACCGGGACCGGGACCGAACCAGGGAGAGAGACCGAGGAGAGCGGGAACGCAGCCGAGGGAGGGAGGGAGAACGACAUCGGGAACCAGAGGGAGACAAGAGGAGAGACAGGGAAAGAGACCGAGUCAGGGAGAGAGAGCCAGAGCGCAAAGAGCCAGAGCGCAAAGAGCCAGAGCGCAAAGAGCCAGAGCGCAAAGAGGCAGAGCGCAAAGAGGCAGAGCGCAAAGAGCCAGAGCGCAGGGAUCCUGACCGGAGGGACCCUGACCGCAGGGACCCUGACCGCAGGGAGACUGACCGGAGGGAGCCUGACCGCAGGGAUUCUGACCGCAGGGAUUCUGACCGCAGGGAUUCUGACCGCAGGGAUUCUGACCGCAGGGAGACUGACCGGAGAGACUCUGACCGGAGAGACUCUGACCGGAGAGACUCUGACCGAGACAGACCCAGGGUCAGAGAGCGGGAUAGAGACAGGGAGCGGGACAGGAGAAGGGACAGGUCCAGGAGUAGGGACAGAGGCAAGGAGAGAGAGCCUGACAGGAGAGACGACCGAGACCGAGCAAGGGACCGGGACCGGGAGAGGGAGAGAGACCGGCGGGACCGGAGCAGAAGCAAAGAGAAGAGAGAAGACAAAAAAGAAACUAACAAAUGUGAUGUCCCUAAGGAGAGCGAUAAACCCGCAGAGGUGGAAAAUGAUAAAAACACAUCGUAAUGUCUUUUCAGUGUAGUCAAUCACUUUGUGAUUUUCACUUUCAGCAUCAAAACUGUUAAUGUAAAAAGAUGUUAUUUGCAAUGGUUUUCUCCAUUUGAUGCCCUUGUAGUUGGAGCAUUUUUGUAUUCCUUUUGCCACUUCAUAUUUUAUGAAUUUUAUCACAUUUAAAGAAUUUUUGCGAUAACUUAAGUUCAACUGACUUUGUGAUACCAUGUAAUUUACAUACAUGCGUGUACGUAUUCCCUGGCAAUGUACCUUUUCUAAGAAUCACCUGGAAGUAACGGAUUAACUCCCUCACCUUGGAAUGUAAAUAUGAAUGCAUUUGUGUAUAUAAUGCUAUGUUUUUAAUCACAAUUUUCUAAGUAGAGAAAUUAUAAGCCAUAUAUUGAGAAUGGAUAAUGUGAGGAUUUAGGAAACCUUGAUUGCUACAGUCUGAAUUAAUGGGACAGUUUGUGCUUGUGUGUUCAGCAGUUCAGCACUGAAUGGAAGUACUGUAUAUUAAUCUUAAUAACAGUCGACAGUUGUCAUUGAAACAUCCUGAUUUUGUUUAUACUUGGCCAAUUAAACCUACUUUAUGACUAAA